GACAGCAAUUCAACUUCAGACCAGCCCACUGCAGAGAAACCCACAUAAGACCCUGACCCCGGGCCCCGUGGCUGCUGUGGUCCGCUCAGAGCGAUGUGCGUGGAGGCUCAGUCAUGCUCACCGUAGAUGAUGUACUAGAGCAGGUCGGGGAGUUCGGCUGGUUCCAGAAGCAAACCUUCCUGAUCCUAUGCCUGCUCUCAGCCGCCUUUGCCCCCAUCUACGUGGGCAUUGUCUUCCUGGCCUUCACCCCGGACCACCGCUGCCGGAGCCCCGGGGUGACGGAGCUGAGCCGGCGAUGCGGCUGGAGCCUGGCGGAGGAGCUCAACUACACGGUGCCGGGCCCGGGGCCCGAGGGCCAGUGCCUCCGCUACGAGGUGGACUGGAACCAGAGCGCCCUUAGCUGCCUGGACCCGCUGGCAGGCCUGGCCGCCAAUGGCAGCGCCCUGCCCCUGGGCCCCUGCACUCAGGGCUGGGUGUAUGACACGCCCGGCUCCUCCAUCGUGACCGAGUUUAACCUGGUGUGUGAUGACUCUUGGAAGGUGGACCUCUUUCAGUCCUGUGUGAACUUGGGCUUCUUCCUGGGCUCUCUGGGAGUCGGCUACAUCGCAGACAGGUUUGGCCGCAAAGUGUGCCUGUUGGCCACCACCAUCACCUGCGCCAUCUCGGGCGUCCUGACGGCCGUGGCUCCAGACUACACGUCCCUGCUGCUUUUCCGCCUGCUGCAGGGGCUGGUCAGCAAGGGCAGCUGGACGGCUGGCUACACCCUGAUCACAGAGUUCGUGGGCCUGGGCUAUAGGCGGACGGUGGCGAUCCUCUACCAGACGGCCUUCACCACUGGGCUUGUGCUGCUGUCCGGACUGGCCUACGUCCUCCCGCACUGGCGCUGGCUGCAGCUGGCCGUCUCCCUGCCCAUCUUUCUGCUCCUCUUCUGCUACUGGUUUGUGCCUGAGUCCCCCCGAUGGCUGUUAUCGCAAAAGAGAAACACUGAGGCGAUAAAGAUCAUGGACCACAUUGCCCAAAAGAACGGGAAGCUGCCUCCUGCCGACCUGAAGAUGCUGUCUGUAGAGGAGGACAUCACUGAGAAGCUGAGCCCCUCGUUCACAGACCUGUUCCGCACGCCCAUCCUGAGGAAGUACACCUUCAUCCUGAUGUACCUGUGGUUCACCAGCUCCGUGGUCUACCAGGGCCUCAUCAUGCACAUGGGCGCCACUGGCGGGAACCUCUACCUGGACUUCCUCUACUCUGCUCUGGUCGAGUUCCCCGCGGCCUUCAUCAUCCUCGUCACCAUCGACCGCUUCGGCCGCCGCUACCCGCUGGCCACGUUCAACCUGGUGGCCGGGCUGGCCUGCUUCCUCAUGAUCUUUAUCCCACACGAUCUGCCCUGGUUGAACAUCACGAUAGCUUGUGUCGGCCGAAUGGGGAUCACCAUCGGGUUCCAGAUGGUGUGCCUGGUCAACGCUGAGCUGUUCCCUACAUUCAUCCGGAACCUUGGCAUGAUGGUGUGUUCUUCCCUGUGUGAUGUGGGUGGGAUUCUCACCCCAUUCCUGGUCUUCAGGCUCAUGGAGGUUUGGCAAGGCUCGCCGCUCAUUUUGUUUGCGGCCUUGGGGCUGGUUGCCGGGGGAAUGACGCUGCUUCUUCCGGAGACCAAGGGGGUCACUUUGCCAGAGACCAUUGAGGAUGCUGAAAAUCUGCACAGGAAAGCAAAACCCAAAGAACGCAAGAUUUACCUACAGGUUCAAACAUCAGAACUCAACACACAGGUGCCUGAGAGAGAUGCUUCGCAGGGGAACGCGCGGCAGGAAUGAAGACCGAGUUCUCACCCUUUCAGAAGCCCUGAACGCUUCCUCCCACCUGCCUGCUCUCAAAUCAGUAUCAGUUCUAGAGAAUGCUAACCGCGCUUUGCUCUAUUUUGUUUUCUUGAAGUCUCUCAAAGCUCUGGCUAUCUUUUAUCUACUUAUCUUCUCUAGUGAGAGCUAUUGGUGGUUAGCAGGUACUUGCUUAGCCAAAGUAUUUUGAAAGCCCAGUAGCAUUUAAGUGCUGUUAGACCAGAGGCCUCUGUCAUUGGUUUCCUAGAAUAACUAUUGUUUUAUUCACUCUCUGAAAGAAAACGUCUUUGUAGGCAUCAUGUUGGCAUUUUAGCAUCUAGGCUCCUUGGAGGACUACUGGUUUAUGAAUAUGGUGACUCUUCCAGCCAACUCUACCCCAAGCAUGCUUAUACACCUGUGAUGGCAUAAAACAGGCUCCUUAUUCCAAGACCAGAAGGUCUAUAAGAUUUUUGAGGGGGAAGAGUUUCGGCAACCCACAUUUUAGGAAUGCUUCAUUCUAUUUCACUCUUGCUUUUAGUUCUUAUUGGUGAUUCUAGAAGAUGACCUCAUAUGCCAACAAUGGAAUAUCACAGUGAACGUAUAAAAAAAAGGAGUUCAGCUUACUUCUUUUUAUAAUUUUUUAAAGAAAUGCUUUGACUUCACUGCAUGGCAUGUGGGAUCUUAGUUCCCUGACCAUGGAUUGAACCCAUGUCCCCUGCACUGGAAGCGUGGAGUGAACCCACUGGACCACAGGGGAAGUCCCAAGUUCAAUUUACUCUGAGUUAGUAGUAACUGGUUCAAGUUCUAGUUCAAGAAGUGAUUUCGGUUCCUGGAGAAAACAGAAACUUUAUUUAUUUUAAAAGUUUUUUAUUCGUGAGACAAACCACAAAUGAGGACCCUUCAGAACACACUGUGGGAGAAAAGAUUCUAAUGCAAAUUGGAGGUGUGAUCGAACACAUGUGGUAUUUCCUUAUAAACACUUCUGGCCAGAUUGGCUAAGCCGAGGGAUGGCCUCCCGGACUCGAGAUAUUGGGAUUUCGUUCUGGGCAGCACUGAUCUUCCUUUGAGAGUGGACGUGGGCUAAUCGGAAACCUGAAACUCUGUCAUUGGUAAAACAACAAAAACAAAAAAAUCAACUAGAUUAGAAUUUUUAAAAUUGUAAAUAAAUAAAUAACUAAAACAAAACCACAUCUGGGGCCCAUGGAGGGGACCCAGCGCUCCAUUUCAGCUUUUCCCAAGCAAAGCCCUGAUUCUGAGUCUUCUCUUUCUGACUGUCAGAGUUAUACUCUUUACUGGUAGCGAAUAUGUUAAUUGUAGGCUUUGAAACAGUUUUUCAAAUGUGUAUUAAAAAAUACCCUCUCUAAUUUU